ACAAACUAACUAAAAAGAGAUAGAGAGAGAAUGACAAUAGCAUGCGCCUCUACCGCCGCCAUCGCCGCCACUCCUUCACUCCGACCACCAAAAUCAACUCUCCCAAUAGACGUCGGAAAUUAUUUCACGGCGAUCAACCGCCGGAAUCUCCUCAUUUCUUCCCUCGCCAUCUCCCCCAUUCUUCUACUCACUCCUAUCACCGAAGCCCGAGGUCUCUUCCAAAUGCCCCCAGUUCGCCUCACUAAUCGGUAUUUCUUAGUUAGAUCAGGAGAAUCUGAAUUUGAGAGUUUGGGGAUAAUUAAUACUAAUCCGGUUGAGAAAACUUCCAUGGAUAAUGGGCUUUCAGAGAAAGGGAAGAAGCAAACUAUUAGAACAGCUUUGGAGUUGAAAAAGAUGGGAGCUUGUGAUGGAAAUUGUUGGAUUUGGCCUUCAAUUACUCAGAGAGCUUAUCAAUCUGCUGAAGUUAUUGCUGCUGUUAAUGGAGUUAAUAGAAGCCACAUAGUCCCAGAAUACAGCUUCUUAGAUGCUCGUGGACUAGGUGCUUACGAAGGAAAGAACAUAGAAUCUGUUUCAAAAGUAUAUGCAUCAGAUAGUCUUUCAUCAGAUAUUAAACCACCCCCAAUCAACGAUGGUACACCUAAUGAGAGUGUAGCCGAUGUUUUUGUUCGUGUAACACAAUUAAUGUCGAUAGUUGAAACCCAAUAUUCUGAAGAUACUGUCAUUAUCAUUUCACCCGAUUCUGAUAAUUUAUCAGUCCUACAAGCUGGCUUACUCGGUCUUGAUCUCAGGAGACAUGCAGAACUUGCUUUUGCUCCUGGAGAAAUAAGAUAUGUUGAUGCUAGUAACAUACCUAAAUACAAGCAACCUGCAUCUUCUGUCUACAAAUGUUUAAAUCCACCAAAAUGUAAUUAGUCCAAAAGGUAAUGAAAUUUCUUAGUUUUAUUUGUUACAUAAUCUUUCAAGCCCAUUAUUUAAUUAAUGCACAUUUUUCA